GGGACAGUCUGGGAGGAGGGAGAACAGUGUGUUGGUGCAGCCACGUCACAGAUUGUGGCAGUUUCACUUUCUUUUUGAGGAAAGCCCUGACGGUUAGAGGGUUCACUCAAUUGGCAGAGCUCUGAGCUCUGGGAAGGCAGAGAGGCAGUGAGAAUCUAGUAGGCUGUGAUCCUAAGCCAAGUUCACCCACUGUGGGGUCCACGGUAGAGGAUGGCAGGUGGGGGCAGUGAUAUCAGCAUCAGGGUGGCUACAGUGGACCAGAACUUAGGGGAGCCGGUUUCCCAUGAGCUCAUUUUCAGGCACUUCAAACAAAAUAAAGUGGAGAUUGCAUGUGCCAUAAAAAUGCCAUUUCCUUUCCUGAUGAGCCUCCGAGACCACGCCUUUAUCUCUGAGCAGAAGUAUGAAUAUUUUCAAGAAAGUUGUAGAAACCUGAUUCCAGUGGCAAGAGUAAUGUAUGAUGUCCUCAGUGAGCUGGAGAAGAAGUUCGACCUGUCGCUUCUGAAAGUGCUGUUCAGCAGAACCAACCUAAUAGCCUACCCUGACUUAAAGGAGAUUCUCAGAAGUUUCCCAGUGAUUCAUGGCAAUUUCCAUUAUUCAUUACACAAGGAAGCAGAGACACAAUCAACAUUCAGCAUCCAAUCAAACUGUGAACAAGUUCCCAGUAAUUGCUUGGCUUUCCAGAGAAUGAAUGAAGGAAAUGCUGAAGAGGUGUUCAAGCUACCACCAGAGACCUGUCAUCCCCAGACUCUCCAGUUGACUACUGAAAGAGCACCCAAGGAGGUGCUCAGGCUGUUACCAGUGUCCUGUAAUCAUAAAGAUUCACAGAUGAUCACUGAAGAUGGAGCAGAGGAGGUGGCCAACCAAACACUCUGUAAUGGAGGAGAAGGUGACAGUACUUGUUUGCAAUCAUUUAAUGGAGAUGAGUCCCGGGAUACCUUGUGCACACCACCAAGAAUCGGAGGAGUGUCCUGUAAUCGUGAAGAUUCACAAAUGAUCACUGAAGAUGGAGCAGAGGAGAUGGCCAGCCAAGCACGCUGUAAUGGAGGAGAAGGCAACAGUACUUGUUUGCAAUCAUUUAAUGGAAAUGAGUCCCUGGAUGCCUUGAACUCAACACCAAAAAGUGUGCAAGUGUCCUGUAAUCGUGAAGAUUCACAGAUGAUCACUGAAGAUGGAGCAGAGGAGGUGGCCAGCCAAGCACGCUGUAAUGGAGCAGAAGGCGACAGUACUUGUUUGCAAUCAUUUAAUGCAGAUGAGUCCCAGGAUGCCUUGUGCACACCACCGAGAAAUAGGGAAGUGUCCUAUAAUCAUGAAGAUUCACAAAUGACUACUGAAGAUGAAGCAGAGGAGGUGACCAGCCAAGCACUCCAUAACGGAGGAGAAGGCAACAGUACUUGUUUGCAAUCAUUUAAUGCAGAUGAGUCCCUGGAUACCUUGUGCACACCACCAAGAAGUAGGGAAGUGUCCUGUAGUGGUGAAGAUUCACAAAUGGUCACUGAAGAUGAAGCAGAGGAGGAGCUUAGCCAAACACUCUGUAAUGAAGGAGAAGGCAACAGUACUUGUUUGCAAUCAUUUAAAGGAGAUGAGUCCCUGGAUGCCUUGAGCUCAACACCAAGAAGCGUGCAAGUAUCCAAGGAGCUAGAAGACCAUCAAACAAAUAAAGAAAAAGAAUUAGAAGAGCUUGCUUCCGGCUAUGAUGAACAAGCAGAGCAACCAGCACAUGAAAAUGAGAAGUGUUCCUGCGUUAUGUGUUUCUCAAAAUAUGUGCCAGAAGCCAGGAUGGAGAGAGGCCAAGCAUGUGGUACAGUGGAUACUGUGGAUAAUGGAAACAAUACUAAUUCAGGAAAACCCAAGAGGAAAAGAAGUAAGAAGAAAUGAAAAUUGACUUGCUUUUGAUGUCACUGAAAAUUUUAUUUAAAUCUUGAAGUUAUUAUUAUUGUUAUUAUUAUUAUUUAUAAUACUGUGAUAAACAGUGAUAGUCUCCUAAAAUGUCUACAUCCUAAUCCUUCAGCCCUGCAAGCUAUCAUUUCACAUGGUGGAAGGGAUUUUACAGAUAAAUUAAGCUAGGGACUUUGGAAUAGAGAAAUUAUUUUGGAUUAUCUGGAUGGGCCCAAUCUAAUUGUGUGUGGAAAAGCUUUUCUGGCUAUGGAGAGAGGGAGAGGUAACUAUGGAGAAAUAAUGGUCAGAGGAUGGAAGAAGGGACUAAGGGAUGUGGAUGACCUCAAGAAGCUGGAGAAGGGAAGGAAAUUGAUUCUCCCAUAUAAUCUCCAGAAAGAGAUGAAGGCCUAUUAACACCUUGAUUUUAGCCCAGUGAGACAAGUAUCAGACUUCUAACAGACAUAACUGAGACAAUACAUUUAUGUUGUGUUAAGCACUAAAGUUUUGCUCAUUUGUUCUGGGAAAAUUAAGAGAAAUACAGA